AUGGAAAUAGACAGUGUUGAUAAUUAUUACUCAUUUGCGAGAGGAUGGGCAUUGAAAGAAAACCAAACAUUAGGUGGAAAAGGCGGAGACAAGAGAAUAAAGCAACAAGAUAAACUUACUGCACAAGGAAUGUAUGAUAAACUUCAAGAAGAAUUCAAAGAAAAAGUCACAGAACAGGCUCAAAAAGCAUUGGAAGAAACUCGCGUAGAAUAUUCAACUUAA